CAUAUCUCCUCCUGGAACAAUGUGGGACGGAGGAUGGAUUUCAGUACCGCCGCCGGAAAUUCCAUGGCGGAUGAGCGGGGCUUCCCGGCCCUUGCCAGUAAGCCGACACUGGGGCGAGCCAAUCCCUUCGCCAGACACGGCAUUGGUACUGUCUGUGACGAGCAAGCGAUGAAGAGCUUGCCUCCACUGCUCGGGAAGCCGCAAAAAAUUCUCGCCGAGGAAGAAAAAUGUGGCAAAGAAGAAGCGAAAGAUAUUGUGCAUUCUGCGAAGUUGGAAAGUGGGGUGGGAAAGAUUUUUGUUGGCAAUCUUCCCUAUGGUGUGACAAAGGAGAAGGUUGUCGAGCUUUUCUCUCGUUUUGGUCCGGUGAGGGAUGUUAUCUGGAUCCGCAGCCACGAUCAUCCCGAGAGGAACAAAGGCUUUUGCUUUGUUUACUACGGAAGCUCCAGUCCAGGAGCUUGUGCACUUAAAGCUGCAGAGGUUGAUGGAGUGGAAUUCGAAGGAAAAAAGUUGGCUAUCAAACUAGACGAUGGAAGAAAAUCACGUCAAAAGGGAGAGGAAGAAUAUGGAGACUGCUCGGAUGAGCCUGCUGCUCAAAGAUUCCGCGAGACCAUGGAAAUUGACGCUGGUAACUGGCAUAAGAUCGUCAACGCUUUUCAAGUGAUCGACAAGCCAGUGCUACGAGAGUAUGGGCUUUUGGUCGAUUUCUAUGCGAGACAUGGUGACAAAGUUGCUGCACGAGCAACUUUUGAAGCUAUGCGAGCUUCUCACAUCAAGCCCAAUGUUCAUAUCUACACGAGUUUGAUUCAUGCUUAUGCAGAAGCUAGAGACAUGGAAGGGGCUGUAGCGUGCACUGAAGAAAUGCUUUCCCAAGGCAUACAACUCAAUGAAGCAGUAUUCUGCUCGAUCAUAUCGGGAUAUGCAAGUGCUGGAAAUAACGAGGCUGCAGAACAUUGGUUUGAGAAAUUCAAGGCCGAAAAUCUCGUUCCUGGUGGGAUCGUCUACAACAGUAUAGUCCAAGCAUAUUGUCAAGCUGGGAACAUGGAAACGGUGGAAGCUUUACUAGCACAAAUGGAAGAGGAAGGAUUUCAAGGAAACUUGGGACUAUACACCACAGUGCUUAAUGGUUUUGCAGAGAUACGUGACGAAGAGAAGUGUCUUAGUUUCUUUCACAGAUUGAAGGUGAGUCCUGUGACUUGAUAUUGGGCAUUUGUUUCAAGCUGUUUAAGAACUUUCACUUGUGGAUUGUCACCAACAGCCGCAACAUACGGCUGCAUUGUCAAACUUUUUACGAAGGCUGGAAACAUGGCUAAGGCUCUUGAUAUUUUGGAGGAAAUGGAUAAGCAUGGAGUUUCUCCCAACAAGAUGAUCUAUGCUAUGAUAAUGGACGGCUACGCUCGUGGUGGUGAUUUUACAGCUGCAUUCAAAGUCUGGGAAGAUAUGGUUUCGGCCGGGCUUAAGCCAGACAUUGUGACAUACAACAUCCUGGUUCAUGCGUUCUGUAAAGCUGGACGCAUGGACAAAGCUCUUGGUGUUUUGGAAAACAUCCAAGCCAACCGACUUCUUCCAACUAUCGAAACAUACACCUCGAUACUUGAUGGAUAUGUGAAAGGGGGACAUAUCCAAAAGGCACUGGAAGUUUUCGACAGGAUUAAAACGGCAGGCCUGAGACCUGGGGUUGUUUCUUACAACUCCUUACUCAGCGGCCUUGCGAAAGCGCGACAGAUGGAAAAUGCGCGUCUGAUGCUUGAUGAAAUGCUAGCGAACGGGGUUGUUCCGAACGAACGAAGCUACACGGCUCUUACAGAGGGCUAUGCACGAGCUGGCGAUGUCGAGAAGGCUUUUGGAAUGUUUCAAAGGAUGAAGAAGGAAAAUCUAGCGAUCGACAUCGUUGCCUAUGGUGCGCUACUCAAGGCAUGCUGUAAAUCUGGUGCCAUGCAGCGUGCAGUGGAAGUGUUUCAACAGAUCACUGACGCAGGACUGAAACAUAAUCGAAUCACGUACUGCACUAUGCUUGACGGGUGGGCACGAAAGGGAGAGCUUUCCAAAGCAAGAGAUCUCUUAAAGGAUAUGCAAAAGCAUGGUUUUCAUCUUGAUACAAUCUGCUACACGUCCUUUAUCAAGGCUUGUUUCAGAAGUGGAGACACCGAGGAGGUGACAGAGACUCUGGCAGUAAUGCGUGAGAAAAAGCUAGAAGUAAACGCAAGGACUUACACGACUCUCAUUCAUGGAUGGCUAGCAGCUGCUGAUCCGGACCAGGCAAUCUCGUGCUACGAACAAGCAAAAGCCAGUGGACUCCAACUUGACAGUGCUCUGAGCAACUGCCUUUUAUCUGGAUUGAUUUCCUGCGCAUCGCAAAACAGUACACUGGGCGAGAAGAUUCAGGCUAUUUCUGCCGAGAUUGCAGCUCAGAAAGUUGUUGUGGAUGCCGCAGUUGUCGCAAAGAUGGACAGAUAUCUCAGGCGCAGAGCUAGGUGCUCGUGUUUCCUAAUCAUGGAUCUAGACAAGAUUGAUGUGAGCGCCUUGUCAAGAGACGAGCUUCUAGCUGCAUUCCUCACGCUCAAGGAGGAAGUCAAGAAUGGUAAUCGAAAGGGGAUCACGAAUCCAUUGAAGUUCCCACCGAGUGAAUACAGCAAGGAAGUCUUUCUCAUCAAUCAGCCCUUCGUCAAGUUGGUGAAGACCUCCAGCGCAGACGCUGUGCGGUCGAGCUUGAUGGACAAGGAGGUGCUCGCCUACGCUAUCGGCAAGAUGCUGUCCCGGACCACCAUGGCUGAAGCUAGGAAAAGUGAGAUGACUUUAAAGACAUACCAUCAGAGUUUCCUGUCUGGAUGCUGGUACCUGACGACUCCGUCACCCAACUUUGCCAAGAGGCUUCGCAGGCUUGGCAUUGAAAAAGACCCGACUGUGUCUGAAGAACAGGACGAGGAGCUCCCAGAUCCCUAUCCCAUUCCUUACCCCGUACCAAGAGACGGAGAUCAGGCAGGUCUUGCCGUUGAGCCACUUACAAACGAAACAGACGCAGAGGAAGCUGCUGAUGAACCAGACAUGGAGACAGCUUCAGGCUCUGUCCAGUCCAUGGAUGGAACACCCGAGAAAGAUUUCUCGGUGAAGCCUCUGACAGUGAAUGGGAUGUAUCAAGCUCUUGCUUACGCCUGUAAGGAAGGCUUGAUCAAUCUCGGAAAAGGACGGGUUGCGCCAGUUUUUGUCCAGCAGUGGUCACGAGACGAAUGGAAAUAUGGCCUGCUUGACAUAUACGGAUCUGUGACGCUCGAGGGAGGCCGAAUCACGGACGAGUCAUACAAAGAAUUCCGUGAGCAGCAGUUCCAGCGAUGGAAGUUCCUUGGAAAAGAUCCAGAGCACUUCCAUGUGAAGUUCACCAAGGCGAAGCUUGAAGAAGCUUUGUCAUCCCGUCAACAGUGGAUGCAGGCAAAGUGUAAGUCUCAUCCCGGUAUCAGCUACCCUGACAAGCAGUACGUUGUUGCAAAUGCCUUCGUUGAUGACCAGCCAUACAGGCUCCCAGAUAUUGGUCAGGAAGGUGGCGCGGUGAUGCCUCAUCCCAUGCUGUUUUACGAGUCCCUCCUCAAGAUAAUCAUCGGUCCAAGGGUGGUCAAGUGGAUGAAAGAAGAUGUCGAUCGCGCGCUGGCAGCCAGGAUGGAAAAUGCGCGUCUGAUGCUUGAUGAAAUGCUCGCGAACAAUGUUGUUCCGAGCGAACGUAGCUACACAGCUCUUACAGAGGGCUAUGCACGUACUGGCGAUGUCGAGAAGGCUUUUGGAAUGUUUCAAAGGAUGAAGAAGGAAAAUCUAGCGAUCGACGUCGUUGCCUAUGGUGCGCUACUCAAGGCAUGCUGUAACUCUGGUGCCAUGCAGGGUGCAGCCGAAGUGUUUCAACAGAUCACUGAUGCAGGACUGAAACAUAAUCAAAUCACGUACUGCACUAUGCUUGACGGGACAUGGUGGCGUACGUGUGACACUGGGAUGUCGAUUCUAGCUCCAAUACAGCCGCAGGAUUCAUGUCUCAUAGGCAGAUUUUUCAGAGUUGGGUUUGAGAAUGUGAGCUCCAAUUCUUGUCUGAAGCGAUUGAUACCCCGUGCUUCGAAGAUCUUUGAGCGUGACAAGCUCCAGCCAGUGAAGAACAAGCCGGUCUUUCGUCGGGUUGAGAAUCCCCUUCUGGAUAAGAAAGUCUCCAAGAGGAGGAAAGGUACAAGACAUGGAAAGGCAUGGCUCGAGACAGGACGGAACUUUACCGAGAUUGAGCUCAUCGUUCUCAGCCCAGCCGCGAGUUCCUUGGCGCAGUUUCUACGAAUGCAAGAGGACGCCACGGCUAUUUGGAACGCACUCGACAACCUGCCUAGAGGUCACGAUACGUGGGAUAAUUUCAUGAGUGUGGUCGUUCACUUCUGGAACUACAAAGACUGGCCUCGUGUUACACAGAUGUGCGAGUGGGUGCUCCAAGGCACCGCUUUUCGGCCAGACCUCGGCUGUUACAAUCUUUUGAUUGACGCUUACGGGAAAAGCUUGAACAUAGAAGAUGCUGAGAAGACUUUCAACCGGAUGCAAGAGGCUCUCUGUGUUCCGAACGAGGAAACUUUCGGCGUCCUGAUAAAUGGCUACAGGCUUGCGGGCUCAUUCGAAAAGGCCGAGGAACUCUUCGUCCAAAUGCAAAAGCGGGGAUACAGUCCUGGGCCGCUGGCAUGCAACACCUUUCUCCACGUUUUAGAAGACGCGAAAGAAUACAGGAGGGCCGAAGCUUUGUUCCGGGACCUGGAGAAGUACGAGUGCGAACCAAACAUUGACACUUACAACCGGAUGAUUGUCAUCUAUGGCAAGGCAGGGGAGCCUUCCAAGGCGGAGAUGCUUUACAGAAGCAUGAGGCGCGCUAUGUGUCCUCCAAAUAUCUGUACAUUCACUGCUCUCAUGAACGCUUUUGCGAGACAAGGGCUGUACCGAGAAGCCGAGAGAUACUUCGACAAGCUGCAGGAGUUCGACUACAAGCCCGACCACUACGCCUACAACGCGUUGAUGGAAGCGUACAGCCAAGGAGGUUCUCCGGCCGGGGCACUCGAGAUUUUCCAGACAAUGCAAAGAAAUGGCUGCUUCCCGGACACGGUCUCUCACAACAUUCUUAUCAAUGCCUAUGGACGAGCUGGGCUAUAUGAAGAUGCCGAGAAGAUUUUCAAGUCCAUGCAAAGCGCCGGCUUUUCUCCAAACCUCAAGUCCAACAUGCUCCUCCUGAGCGCCUAUGCAAGAGCCGGGAGGGUCGAAGAGGCCGAGGAGCUCGUCUCCGCCAUGGAGAGGGAUGGAACAAAGCCGGACACUCUGAUCUACAACGCUCUCAUCAACGCCUAUGGGGUUUCCGGCAGGCACGAGGACAUGGAAGCUCUCCUCGCAAAGAUGGUGAAAUCGUCGUCCAAGCAAACCAAGCCAGACAUUGGUACCUACAACACGCUGAUCCAAGUUUACGCUCAGGCGGGAUUCAUUCCCAAGGCGGAGGAGCUCUUCCAGGGACUGGCGAGGCUCAAGCUCGUUCCGGACGCCACGACUUGGACGGCCUUGAUGGGAGGCUACGCCAAGAAGAAGCUCUACAGGAAAUGCACGAGUAUCCUCAAGAAGAUGCUCGAGUCCGGGUGUAGAGCCGACGCUGUGACCGCGAGGGUGCUCUUCUCGGCGUGCCGGAGCCCCGAACAAGUGGAGCAAGUCACCCAGCUCAUGGAAUCUCUCCAAGGGAGAUAGAAAUCGUAAGAAACUUUAGAGUUCUUGAAAGCUCGUAGAACAAAAUUUAUCUUUUCCAUGAAAUCCAUUGUGUGUUCUUUCAAAGAUCCUCCAAACUCCCAUAAUUUGGUUCCAA